CAGUGUAUUAAUGUGUUAGUUGAAGAAGUUUUGCGGGUAAUUUGUUUAAAAAUUUUCAAGAAAAUGCGUAACGUUGAAAUUAAAGCAAGAGUACAUGAUUUAAAUGGAAUUUGUAAAAUAGCCCAAGAACUGAGCGGAUCUAAGCCACAACUUAUAAGACAAGAUGAUACUUUUUACAACGUUAGGGACGGUCGUUUAAAAUUAAGAAUUUAUGAAGACUGUUCAGGAACACUUGUAAGAUAUAGCCGUGAUGAAGAGGAUGGUCCAAAAUUGUCAGACUAUGAGCUAUUUCCUUUUUCUGCAAAUGAAAGUGACAAAAUGAAACUAUUAGAUGAAAUGAUGAAAAAAUGUCUUGGUGUAUUCGGUCGUGUAGUAAAAGAAAGGCAGCUCUUUAUGGUGGGACAAACAAGAAUCCAUAUUGAUACUGUCGAAGAUUUAGGACAUUUUAUGGAGCUAGAGGUAGUCCUUAGACCAGAACAAAGCUUAGAAGAAGGUACAAAUAUUGCCAAGGAAUUGCAGAUGAAACUUGGUGUAAAAGAUGAGGAUCUUAUUAAUUGUGCCUAUGUUGAUCUAUUAAAUAGAAAAUGUUAAUUUUUAAAUAAA